AUGAUGUCUAUGAAGAGGCUGGAGUUUACAACGAACAGGUACAUGGCGACAGAUUGUAUGACGUGUAUGAUGCUACGUUUAACGAGUGUCUGGCUGACAGCAUCAUGGAGCGAGUGCCUGAUGCGGAGAAACUUGUACUUCUGUUAUCCAUUAGCUUAUUCACUAAAAUGGUAUGAAGAUUUUCAUUCAAAUACAGCUUCUUGUGUUUGGCGGAUUCCUGAAUUUUUAACGUGUAGAUGGACAACCCAAUGGAAUGCACUGACCCAUUUACCUGGAGAACCCCUUUUGCGUGGAAGACCUCAUUUACCUACAGCACUUAAUUUUCCUGGACAGAUCCACUUGCCUCAUUCAUCCGUCAUGGUGAGAAUGCAUGAUCACUGUUUUUAUAUCCAACGUUUUCUCUGGAAACGCUUGCCACAUGAACUAGGCCGCUAUGAACUGAGUCAACAUGUAAACCCUGGGCGUUAUUACGUUGAUAUAUUUAUUGGAAGACAAGAUUUUGGAGCAACUGUCAUUCAAAUAAUGCUUGGGAUGUUGCCACAUGAUCCGCAUGUUCAUCAGACUCAUACACCAAAGGAAGCUUUUAUACAUAUAGGAGAUGGCGACUUUUAUAUAGCUGAUCAGUUUGAACCCUUCAAUGUAAGGCUACAUGAGAACAAUCAUUAUAAUAGUCUUGGCCGAAUCAAUUAUCUACCCACUAACCACAUAUACGUCGCAACGCCAGGAAGAACUGAAGACACCUAUAGUUCACCCUUGCGAUGCAUGUAG